UUCUCCCAUAUCUUAUUCUUGGCACCAAAAAUUUACACACACUUUCACUUCACUUAUAUUCCUCAUCUCCAUUCUUUCUUCAAACCUAGCUAGCCUUUUCAUCAUAUUUAUCCCAACUUAAUCAUCAUUAGCUAAUAACAACUAAUCCUCUUAAUUAAUUAAUCAAUUCCCAAAAGAUGGAUAAUGAUGAUGAGAACAAUAAGAUGAUGAUGAUCACAAAAAGAUAUGCCCUUCUACUAGCAGCACAUGACUCAGAAUAUGUGAAGAAGGUGUAUGGAGGAUACUUCAAUGUAUUCGUGGCGGCGUUCGGGGAAGAAGGAGAAGUGUGGGAUUUGUAUAGAGUUGUGGAGGGUGAAUUUCCAGAUAUGAAUGAGUUAGAGAUGUAUGAUGGUUUUGUAGUUAGUGGAAGCCCUUUUGAUGCUUAUGGGGAUGAGUAUUGGAUUCUUGAGCUUUGCCUUCUCUUGCAAACUCUUGAUGCCAUGCAAAAAAAACUUCUUGGUAUUUGCUUUGGUCAUCAGGUGUUAUGCAGAGCAUUGGGAGGAAAGGUGGGAAGAUCUCCCACAGGAUGGGAUAUAGGAUUAAGAGAAAUAAAAAUAGAAAACAAGGAAUUUUUGAGCUCUCAACUUAAUUUGGAGGAUGAUGACAAAGUUCCACAAUCCCUAACAAUAAUUGAAUGCCAUCAAGAUGAAGUAUUGGAGGUUCCAAUUGAUGCAGAAGUUGUAGCAUUUUCUGAUAAGACAAAGGUGGAAAUCUUUACUAUUGGCAACCACAUUUUGGGCACUCAAGGUCAUCCUGAAUACACCAAAGACAUUCUUUACAACCUUAUCGACCGUCUUCUUACCAAUUGCUCUAUAAAGGAAGAAUUUGCUGAAGCAACGAGGUCGAAAAUAGACAAGAGUGAGCCUGAUAGAGAAUACUGGGAGAAGAUUUGCAAAAACUUUCUCAAGGGAAGACAUACAAUUCGUAUGGAUUUAUUCAACUUUGGUGAUCUAAUGUAACAAUUGGUUACGUACGUACUGUACAUUAUAAACUAGCUAAACAUGCACAAAGUUGCCCUUACUUGUAAUACGUAGUACAAGUUAUAUGCUUAUCCUUUUUAAUGUUACUAUUACGUUUGUACCAUUUACGUAGUACGGAAACCAACACAAGUUGGUGGAGUUGGUGGGGAAUUCACCUUGUUACUUGGUAGUCACAGAGUGGAGUCCAUCAACUGUAGAAAACAAAAACAUGUGUAGAUGGGCUGACUAAUAUCAGAAUUCAGUAA